UGUUAGUCCCAUUACGUACUUUGUUCAUCAGUUGGGUCCAUCUUGCUAUUUUCAGAGAAAGUGUUCUUAACAAGUACAAAUGUCAACAAGUUCAAACCCUUAGUAAACACUAUAAAUAACAAGUUUGUAGGAUAUCAACAGUCCAUCAGUCCAUCUUGCUAUCUUAUUUAUAGUAAGUUUCCUUAGAUAUGGCUAUGUAUGUUAACGCUGCAACUGGUCCUUGUCCAAUGGUCGGUCGUAAUUCAGCAGGUUUUCAUCCAAGCAUAUGGGGAGACAAAUUCCUCCCCUCCACUAACUCUGCUGUUCAGAAAUCUGAUGCUGACUGCAAAGAGGACGAAAAGCUCCAACUGCUAAAACAAGAAGUGAAGAAGAUGCUGACCGUGGGAGACACGCCUCAACAAGAGUUGAUAUACUUAAUUGAUGACAUUCAACGUCUGGGGUUGUCUUACCACUUUGAAACUGAGAUUGAAACUUUAUUACAGCACUUGAUGGAUAGCUUUCUUGAAUAUUAUGGUACAAAGAAUUGUGAUAAUUUACAUGAUGUUGCACUAAGUUUUCGCUUGCUUAGACAAGAAGGGCAUAAUGUUUCAUCUGAUGUAUUCUCCAAAUUCCAGGACAGGGAUGGGAAGUUCGAGGAGAAAUUGGCUAAGGAUGUGAGAGGAAUGCUGAGUUUGUUUGAAGCAGCACAACUGAAAGUGCAUGGAGAAAAUAUACUAGAAGAUGCUGAGAAAUUUACUACCUCUCAACUUGAUACCUAUCUCAAUUCCAACGCAAAUGUUCCACUAGCAGACCUUGUUCGUCGUGCACUCAAGUAUCCCCUGCGUAAGAGUUUCAAUAGAAUGGUGGCAAGUCAUUACAUCCCAAUCUACCACAAAUUUGAUUGGCAUAAGCAAGUUCUCUUGGAUAUGGCAAAAUGUGACUUUAACCUAGUGCAAAAGGUUCAUCAAGAGGAGCUAGGUUAUGUCACAAGGUGGUGGAAAGAUCUUGAUUUCACAACAAAGCUUCCUUUUGCAAGAGAUAGAGUUGUGGAAUGCUACUUUUGGAUAUGCGGGGUGUACUUUGAACCCCGAUAUGCUGCAGGCCGAAGAUUUGCAACCAAAGUUAUCUGUUUAACAUCCAUAAUUGAUGACAUAUAUGAUGUCUAUGGAACCCCCGAAGAGCUUUUGCAGCUCUCUGAUGCAAUUGAUAAAUGGGAUAUCAGUAUCUUAGAUCAGCUACCAGAGUACAUGCAACAUGUUUAUAAACCUUUAUUGGAUGUUUUUGCUGAAGGCGAAGAGGUGACGGCAAAGCAAGGACUACCAACAUACCGCGUUGAUUAUGCUAAAAAAGCUUUUAAAAGGUUGGUAGGAGUAUAUCAUCACGAAGCUAAAUGGCUUCAGGCCCAAUACAUCCCAACGUUUGAGGAGUACAUAAGUAUUGCAAAUACUUCUGCAGGAAUCAAAAUGCUAGCGGUCUCAAGCUUCGUGCUAAUGGGUGACGUUGCCACUAGAGAAGCAUUCGAGUGGCAUUCUAAAGAUCCCUUAAUUCUUGUAGCUGGAGCGGGGAUUGCUAGACUCAUGAACGACAUUGUAGGACAUGAGAUUGAAAGAAAGAGACCACAUGUAUCAUCAGCUGUCGAGUGCUACAUGAAAACACAUGAUGUUACAAAAGAAACUGCUUAUGCUGAGAUAAACAAGUCUAUUUUAAAUGCAUGGAAAGAUAUGAAUGAGGAAUGCCUCCGUCCAGAAGCACCUCCAAAGGAGUUGCUUGAAAGAGUUUUCAAUCUGACUCGUGUGUCGUUCUUUGUUUAUGCUAACGGGCAUGACGGAUACACAGAUUCCUCAACCCUCACCAAAGAAAUGAUAACCUCGAUUCUCGUAGAUCCGAUUUCAGGGUAAAGCUUAAUUCUGGAACUAAUGAAGCUCAUGCAGAGUUACCAUGCAUGCAUGCAGUUUGCAGUUUUCUUAUUAUAUUAUGUUGUUUUGAAUAAACUCAGUCAUGAUGCAAUGUGCAUGUAGGCUGCCUUGUAGUGUCUGCUUUGCUUACUGGCAUAGUGGCAAUAUCAGACACGACCCGAAACCCGACACGAACCCGACCCAACCCAAAACCCGAUUUACUGAGACAGAAACCCGAAAGUGACCCGAAAAUCACCCGACAGACCCGAAAUGGACCCGAAAUGACCCGAAACUAGAAUUUCAUUUGUAAUAACUUCAAUUUUUGGUUAUAUUCAAUUUUAAGUGAUUUUAGGUUGACCCGAAAUCGACCCGAUUGCUGACACGAACACGACCCGUUACCCGAAAUUGCCACCCAAGAUCUUGAAUAGAGCAAGGGUUAGUCUUGUCCUUGUCUCUAGUUGUUAGGAUGGAUGCAUAGUGAAGACAAUAAAAAGGACAGAGAGGUGUGUGGUCCUGUGUGUGUUGUGCAAUAAAGUUUCUGCAUUUCGUUGUUUCCAAUAUACAUGCCCUAUUUUUAAUGCUUUA